ACGAUUCUUGGAGUGUGUGGUUUACACUUAUUAUAAAUUGAUUCUAAGAAUAAUUCCAGUUGCAUGAGCAAAGUUGAAUCGGACAGUAUAUGAAUUCGAUUCUUAUUGCAAAUGAUAUCCUUCUGUUGAUUAUUUGUGGGAAUCAAUAGGAAAUUUUGCAGGAUGACGUACAAAUGCUGACAAAGACUAUCUACCUGAUCCACCGACUGCUCGCCAUCAGAAUGACUUAAUUCAAAAGGAAAACAGUAUGAGUCUAAAUGCUACAACUAAAGGGGUGACAGAGGCCUCGUAAUGAAUGAACUCUCACGCAAAAUGUCACUUGGGUUUGAGGUCUAGUUUUAUCUUAAGGAGAAGAGUUGAUACCCUGAUAUGGCAGAUUCAGAAAUAACAGAGCAGUCCGAGGAAAAAACAUCCAGUGAAGAUGAAGAAACUAGAGUCAGCAUGGCGGAUCUCAUGGAGAAUAUGUGGAAAGUGGUGGAAACAGGCAAAGAAAAGGACCUCCGCAAGUUCUUCUCACAGCAUGUGGAUCGAGACAUCCCUCUUAACAGGGAUAAUGAACAAUUCGAUGAGGAUGGAGGCCAUGCGCUUAUAUUCUGCGUAAAGGAGGGUUGUAGCAGAGGGAAUUCCUUUGGAAGGGAUUUUGUGCAAUGUGCUAGGAUAUUGUUAAAGAAUGACACAUUAGAUAUUGAUGUUCAGGAUAAGUCGGAAAGGACAGCACUACACUGGGCAGUUUUAGGUAAAAAUAUUAAUUUCUGCACCCUGCUUAUGGAUGCAGGGGCAGACCCCACCAUUGAGGAUCAUGAUGGAUUAUCUCCCUUUCACAUAGCUGUACAAAAAGGAUACAAGGACAUACUUAAAGUACUAUCCAACGGACAGAACAAAGAGAUUUUUUCGAAAAAGGAUGGCAAAGGAACUCCACCUCUGGUCCUAGCUGUCAACUCUGGCAAUAUAGAGAUUUGCCGAUUUCUUCUUGAAAAUGGUGCCAAAAUUGAUGCAACUGAUAGAAGGUUAAAACGAUCAGCUCUCCAAUAUGCAAUACUGGCAAAGAACUUGGAUAUAUUUGAUUUGCUAUUAAAAUAUAGUCCAAGUUUAGACCAGGGAGAUUACCGGGGGAAGACUGCUCUCCAUCGCAUUUGUGCCAUCAAAGAUCCUCGUUACUUCCAGAGGGUCAUCAGACAUUACGGGACAUUUCCCGACCAUAUCAUGGAGCAGGAGACUGACGAAGGUGUCACCCCCGUCAUAGCGGCCUGUCAGAGUGGCAAUUCACAGCAGCUCAAGGAACUCAUCGAUCAAGGGGCCUCGAUAAAUACCAAAGAUGACAGUGGUAGAACUGCCCUCCAUUACUGUGCAGACAAUUUGGAGACACAAUGUGCUGAAAUGUUACUAGCUAAGGAUGCUAGUUUAUUAGAGGUCAAGGAUAGUCAAGGGUUUACCCCUCUUCACAUGUCUGUUAUCAGCGGGAAUGCCCCUUUACUCAAACUUCUACUCAAAAAAGGUGCAGAUAUUCGGAGUCUGGAUAAUGAACUGCAUACCCCAACACACUGGGCAACAGUUUGCGGUCACCUUGAGAUCCUUGACAUUCUGGUUGACAAUGGAGCAGAGCUGUCGUCAGCAGACAGUCACAAUGCCUACCCAAUACACUACGCUGCGCAGAUGAACGGGAAGGACAGCAACCAUGCCGACGCCAAGGUCGGGGAGAAGGUCCUCAAAAAGUUACUGGACAGCGGAGUUCCUCAUGACGUCACCGACAAAGAUGGACGACAACCACUUCUAUGGGCUGCAAGUGCAGGAAACACCGAAUCCAUCAAAUUAUUAGUCAAAGCUGGUGCUGAUGUCAAUGCUAUUGACAAAGAUGGACUGUCAGCAUUACAUUGUGGUGCUUCAAGGGGUCACUCUCAUUGUAUAGAGGAACUUAAGAAACUCGGAGCUGACGUAAACCUCGCAGACAAAAACAACUGUACACCACUAUUUUACGCUGUCACCCUUGGUAACAAAGAGUGCACCAAGGCCUUACUAAAACACGGUGCUGACCCCAAUCACAAAGAUGUCCGCGGGAGAACGCCUAGUCAUUGUGCCUCAGUGAAGGGGUGUGUCGAGACACUAAAAAUCUUAGACAAAAGUAAGGCUGACCUCUGGGGUAGUAGCAGUAGAGGGGACUUUCCUGUCCACGAGGCGGCCCAGGGAGGCCACUGUGAUGUUGUGAAGUACCUGUUGAAGUGGAAGAACACCCCCGAUGCUGUGAACACCCCCAACACUGCCGGCCGCACCUGUCUCCACAUAGCUGCCAUAGUCAACAACCUUCCCCUCUGUAAACUGCUGCUGGACAAUGGUGCAGACAGAAACUCCUUAAUGAUGCACAAGGACAAAUCCUAUACUCCAUAUGAUGCUGCAAUUUUGAAAGGGAAUUCAGAAACUGCAGAAUACAUCAAAGCAAAAGGAGGCAAAACUGGAGGUGAUAUUGACAAUAUUCUGAACAAAAAGGACAAGAGGGACUCAAAAUCUGCAAAAUCGAGAAAAAGUAAUUUGGAAAGUCACAAAGAAGAGGAAGAGGGUGCGGAUCAGGAUAAGAAAUCCGAAAAACAGGAAGAGGCAGAGAAUUCCGAGAAAAAGGAAGAAAAACCAAAAUCAAAGAAGGAACUAGAAAAAGAAAAGAAAGAGGCAGAAAAGGCCAAAAAGGAAGAGGAGAAGAAAAAGAAAGAAGAGGAACAAAAGGCUAAAAAGGAGGAGGAGAAAAGGAAAAAGGAAGAGGAGAAAAAAGAAAAAGAGGAAGAAAAGAAAAAGAAGGAAGAAGAGAAGAAGCAGAAAGAAGAAGAGAAGAAGCAGAAGGAAGAAGCCAAGACAAAAGAACAAGAAAGCAAGGACUCCAAAGAGGAGAAGUCUGAUAAAAAUAGCGAACUUGUUGCUGCAGCAGUUGUAGCUGCAGCAGCUGCGGACGAGAAAGAGAAGAACAAAAAAGACGAGGAUAAACAAGGGAAAAAGGACGGUAAAGAGGGAAAAGGCAGUGAAGAAGAAAAGGACAGCGAAGUAAAAGAUAGCAAGGAUAAAGAUAGUAAAAAAGUAAAGGGAAAAGAUAGCAAAGUAGAAGAAAAUAGCAAAGAAAAGGAUAGCAAAGUAAAAGGAAAAGAAAGUAAAGACGAAAAGGAUAGCAAAGUAAAAGGAAAAGAAAGUAAAGAAGAAAAGGAUAGCAAAGAAAAAGAAGAGGCUGCUAUAGGAGAAAAGGAUAGUAAACAAGAAGGAAAAGAUAAAAAAGAAAAGGGCAAAGAGAAAGACUCAAAAAAAGAAAAAGAGGAUCAGCUGGAAAGUAACGAGGAAGUUGUUGUAGUGAAGGGCAAAAAAGUUGUUAAAAAGAAAAAGGAUUUUGAGAAAGACGAAGAAGCUGAGAAAGCAAGGAAAGAAGCAGAGGAAGCCAAGAAGGAUGCUGUAAAGGCUCACCAGGAAGCAGAAUUAGCUAAAGCUGCAGCAGAAAAGGCUAAACAAGAAAAACAAAAACAAGAUCAACAAAAGAAAAAAUCAGCGAAACAGAAGAAAGACGGCAAAGAGCAAAGUGCUAAGGGAAAGGGUAAAGAAAAAACCAAAACAGAUGAAAAGGUUGUGGUAGCUGGUGCCAUACUUGCUAAGAACAAGAAAGUUAAAGGUCCAGGCACCAUUCAGGAAGAGGACGAAGAGGAAGAGGAAGAAGAAGACGAAACAACAAAAGAAAGUGGAAUUGAGGCAGAGAAAGCGAGACAAGAGGCUGAAAAAUCCCAAAAAGAAGCAGAAAAAUUAAGAGAGGAAGCUGAAGAAGCAAAUAAAGAGGCAGAAAAGCUUAAGCAAGCUGCUGUAGCUUCCAAAGCAGCCGAGGAAGUAAAAGACUCGAGUAAAAAGGAAAAAGAAAAGUCUCAAAAGGGACAAAAAGAUAAAGAAGAUCAGAAGGGUAAAAAAGGAGAAAAAGAUUCACCAAGUAAAGUUAAGAAUAAAAAGGACACAACUGAAAAAGAAGAUAAAUCUAAAGAUCAGAAGAGUGCACCAUCAACUCCGAAAACGCCAAAGAAAGAUUCAGAGAAGGCAUUAACAAAAGACCAAAAAGAAAAGAGUGCUCCUUCAACUCCUAAAACAGACAAAAAGGAAUCAGACAACACUGACAAAGAAAAAGCAAGGAAAACUAACGAAGAGGUUCAAGUUGAAAAAGAUUCACCAGGAACACCAAAAGAGAAAACAGAAACUCCAAAAUCUCCAAAGAAAUCAAAGGAUAAAAACGAAGAGGAAGAUCAAUCUAAAGUUGUAGUUGUACCCCCAAAGACUCCUAAGAAGGACAACAAAAAGUCAGAUACUGCAAAAGAUAAAGGAAAAGAUUCUAAAGGUUUAGAAAAAGAAAAAUCAACUGUAAGCAAAGGUGAUAAGAAUAAAAAAUCCAUCGAAAAAGUAAAGAAGGAGAAGGAAAAGACGUCAAAUGAUCUAAAGGAAAAGGAAGGGCAACAGAAGGCAACAGAAAAACUCUCAAGUGAUAAAGAAAUCGAGGAUAAAAAGCAGAAAGGUAAACAAAAUACAACUGAAAGGCCAGGCAGUGAUAAGGUCAAGAAAACAACUGAAGAGCUUGAAGGUGAUACGAAAUUUGAAGAAGAGGAAAAAGAAAUUAAAGCACAGACACAAGAAAUAUCUGAAAGUGAUAAUCAGGCCAUAGAAGGAAAACAAAAUAGUGAAGAGAAGACAGCAGAAGAAGCAGAAAGUGGUAAAAAUAUUCUAUUGGUGGGAAAACAGGAAAGUAAUCAAAAGAAGACAGAAAUCACAGAAGGUGAUACACAGGUCAAAGAAGGAAAACAGGAAAAGAAAGGAUCUCAAGGAAAGAAAGGAUUACAGAAGGAAAAAUCAACUGUAAGUAAGGGUGAUAAGUCAAAGAAAUCUACUAAUAAAUCUAAAGUUGAAAAGGAGAAGACAUCUACUAGUAUACAGGACAGUGAAAAGGAGGCUAAUAAGCAAAAGAAGAGUAUAGACAAGCCUAAAGAAGAAACUGAAGAAGACACACUUGACGCUGACGAUACUGAGAAUGAACGAGUAGACAGUGGAGUCCUCUCACCUGGAUCGGUAGCUGAGGAAGUAGAUUUAGAUAACCAUCUUCUAGGAGCUAAAGAAAAAUCAACUGUUAGUGGAUUAGUAAAGGAGAAGGAUAAUAAGAAAUCGAAACAAUCUGGACCUGCUACAACAAGUACUCCUAAAGUAAAAAAGAGACCAAACGAAGAUAAUAAAGAAAAUAAAGUUCCUUCUAGAGAUAGUGGACGUCCAAAUACCCGAGAAAAAAACGAAUUUCAGGAAAUUGAACUUCAACCAAGUAGGGAUUCUGGACAUCAGUCCCAAUCAGAGGAACAGAAUUCCCAGACAGAAGAAAACCAAUCACAAACAAAACGUAAUUUGGUGAUAAGCCCUUCUGUUUCACCAGUUGGUUAUCAAGAACAUUCGUCAUAUCAGAAGGAUACCUUCAUUCAAACUCCGAAGUCAAGAUCAACCCAGAAAGACAGGGAAGACGACGAAGGCGAAUUUGAAUUUCCAGAAAAUUCACACGAAAAUCAGGAAGAAGCGUUAAGAUUGGCAGAAAGUCGCAAGCAAUCAAGAGAAGGAACGCUUCCAGAGACUUCGCGGUAUCAAGAAUCACCAGAGAGGCAGUCAAGAAGCAGACGGAAGGCUUCGAAAAUUCCGGACAGUGGAGUUAUUCAACCUGGAUUAAAAAGCCGUGAUAAUUCUCGUUCUAAAACUCCUGUACUGACUAACGGUCAUUCUCAACAGAACGAUGAAUAUGCAGAAUCUUCUGAAGAGGAUGACGAUGAUGUGUUAACUGACAUUAAUUUUCAAAAUCGACUCAAGAGGAUAGAAAGAGCACAGCUUGCAAAUAACAGAAGAAAAGAACAGUAUCUUUUACAGCAAUUAAAAAAGACACAGAAAGUGAAUUACAAACUUGGACCGGUUAAACCCAAAGCAAAGUCUAAUUUGACUCUAGCAGACAUGGACCGAUUGGACAAUUCAGGACGCAGGAAAAAUGUGCCAAGACGAGUGGCUUCCAUUCAAGAAAGUGUGCGCAGAUAUCAGGACCAGAGACGAUUUGUUCGCCAAAUGCAUCAGCUAAAACGCGCUCAGAUAUACACAGGACCUAUGCAUGACAUUGUGUUAUUCAGUAAAAUGAUGGAUGUAUAUAAACACAGCACCCCAGGAGGUAGUGAGAACGACCUGGAAAUGAGUGUGAUGGAUAACUGGGACAGUUACCUGAGAGAUUCAGACUUAAACUCAACUGACCCAGACCAGCUGAGGUUUGUUUCACAUUAUUAUGAUGAGGAUCAAGCUGUCAGAGAGCAGACAAAUAGGGUAAGGCGAGAGACGGCAGAAACAAGACGAGGAGUGGAGAGUCGCUCGGAAUACCUCGCACAGAGUGUGAAACGCAGAGAGGAGCAGGAAAACAAAGAAAAACAGGACUUGGACGGCAGAAUUUCUAAUAUCACUAAGAAGACAGAAGACCUCUUUGAUAAUGUGAAAGAACAAGCGGAUCAAACACUGAAAGAAGCUAAGGAGACAAACACUGGUUUAGACAAGUACUACCGAAAGGAGAGGUCGGAUCUUCUCCAUCACUCUAGGCCCCACAGCUUCAGAAGGUUAAAGGAUGAGGAGGAAAUGGAAGAACGACAUCGAUUGUUCGAGGAACGGGAAAAGGCGCGAAAAGACAAGCACACGGAGUGGCACAGGAAGAAGGAAGAGGAGUUACGAAAACGACUUAUGAAAGUGUACGGAAAUGGAUCAGAAAAUGGCUACAGUAAAUCACGAAAUCUUGGUCCCAUGAAAUCCUCGACGCCUCGAGUCCAUAGCCUGGGGAAUUCUCCGGGCUCAAGGCCCAAGUCCAACACGCUAUCAUCCAUAAGCGGGUCCCGCGCUCAGUAUAGCAAUGCAACAGACCAAGAACUCAGUGUUCAGAUGACAGAGUUUGGACUCAGACGGGUAAAAAAGGCGGAAGAUGGUGCUUUUGGCAAAGCUUCCAAAGAUCCAUCGCAGUGUAGUGUUAAAUCCUUAUUAUUUCAUAAAUCUGGCUCCUUGUCAGCCAAUUGGACGCCCAAGUUUGACGGUGAUGUAAGGCCACGAGCGGGUCUCGUCUUUGUAGAGCCCAAACUUUAUAACGAGUUUUUGAAGGAGGAGACUGAGCUACGUAAUCAGACGGCCAUGAUGGCGAGAAGUCGCUCAACGAACAUUAACACACUAGACGACGACACGACGGUUUUAGAAACGGUGGAAUCGUGACAAAUAGGAGUUAUUUAAUUAAUUAAUUAGUUAAUCAAUUUAUUUUAUUAUUUAAAGAUGUUAAAAGAGUGAAUGACUCUUUCUGUCUGUAAUACUCGAGUGCUGAGAAUGGAGCGGACGUUGUAUCUGACUUUUCUACAGUGAAAAAUCAAAGCAGACGGGACUGACGGUUUUCACUUGUUUCAUCAUUAUCUCAUGGUAUUAUACAAUAGAAAUGAAACACUUUUGUUUAAAACAUAUUGUCCCAUGUAUUUCUCAGAAACAACAAUAUUGUUUUUGUUUUUCUUUUUACAAUUUUGCUGAUGUAAAAUGAAGUGUUGAAUGUUUCUGAGUCAUGAAGAAACAACGUAUUAUUUAUCAAGUUCGCUGAAGUGUAGAAAAAUAAACUAUGCAUUUAUUAUUUAUAUUCAAUAUUCAUUUUCAUGAAUGUUGAAACACUUGUUUUAAUAUAUAUAUGCACAAUAUAUUUCAUAUAUUAGUGAACUGUUUUGCAUGUUUAUAUAAAGAAAAAGAGGUUUCUGAAGAUACAUAACUCAAAACCUGAUGCAUGCAUUUUUCAACUAUUUUGUCUUAAUUGCAACUCGUGUGUUAGCUGUUCGUCCCACAAAAGUCCAUGUUCUAUCAUGUCAUAACAUUGUGUGUUUUCAAGUUGGAGUGUACGACACCCUUAAAUUUCGUCGUCUUCUCAAAAGUGUCAACUUCUGAUAAAUGUGUUGGAGAAGAUAUAUUUCUAUUUAACAUGAUCUUUCUAGUAGUACCCAAUAGCUAAAUCUGUGAUAAACAAUUGAAAAACGCGUCUAGAAUGUUUUAUUGCAUUGAUGUUUGAGUAUGUUCCUUAAUAGUUUUCUUUGACAAUCCUUGCCAGAGUCUUUGUUAAUAUAAAAAAGUGAUUCGAUUGUUUGUAGGUAGACAUUUAUAAUGUACGAGGAACUUUGAAACAUUUGCAUGUAUUUUUCGAAAUAAAAAGUAAUGC